AUGGGCGAUAUUUUCGAAGAUUGGUCGGUGGAAUUAUUGCAAGCAGUUGUGGGAAAGUUGAUUCAUCGAAAUGUGAGUAUUUUUGACCAUCGAAAACCUUUGAAAAUGUGCUUUUUUGCAGAAAAUCCCGGAAAGUUUCAAAAAUCUAGAACCUGGCGAUUUGACGAAUGAAACCGCAAUUAUUGAUAGAUUGAAUUUAUUAUUCGAAGAUGACAAAAAUGAGAUGCUGCAAAUCUAUGGAAAUGCGCACGAAAUGAUGUUUGAGAUCAAUAAUUAUUUAAGAUUUUCGAAUAUUUCACAAUUUUUCGGUUUUCAAGAGGGAAGAUUUAAUGGAAGAAUUGAACAAGCAUUUGAUAAAAAAGGAAGACCUUUGCUUUCAAAAGGUGAUGCUAUGACGUGGCUAUCAAAACAUUAUGAGCCAAAUCCAUUUGUGAGAUUGAUAACUUAUUCAAUAAUCGAUAAAGUUUUGCGAAAACUCAAGCAACAAAACAUGCAUUUCGAUAUGAUUCCUCUCAUAAUCUUCGAUCAUAAAUAUGCGCAACUCAGGAAUACAAGAGUUAAAAGAAAAAUCUCGAAUUUCCCUCCGGAAUUCACGGUUGACAGGUUUUUCGGGUUAUUUGAUGAGAAAUAUGAUGCGGAAAUCAUUGAAUAUUUGAAACAAGCACCGCCAAAUGAGAUUUGUCCCAAAAACUAUCUUGAUAUGCAUUUCUGGAAAGCGGAUUUGGAAAAGUUGUUUUUGGAUAAAAGUGCUGACCAGUGGUUUUAUUUUAAAUAUCCUUGUGUGCAAAUUUUGGAGGAAGACGGUCAAAAAUAUUUUAUUGCAAAAGAGUUGGAAAACGCGUUGGAAGCUGUGAUGCGUGUCAAAUAUUAUCGAGAAUUUCCGAAAGGUCUGAUAACUAUUGAAACUGAAGAGGAUUUGGAGAUUGGCAUUUUGAGGACCGUCAACUAUGAUACUUUUCUGAAAAUCUUGAAGAUUCUCAAAUUAUCGACUGAUGAACUCAAUUACUAUGAUCGUGAACACAUUGAGACAUCUUUGAAUAUCUCACCACCUAUCAAUUCUCCUUAUGGAACGUUUUGUAAGAGUGCACGACAUGCUUUUGAGGAGGUUUUUGAUGAAUUGAAUAUUGGAAUGAGAUUGUUUCGAGGCACAAAACCGGCGAAUUUGCCGGAUUUGAUUGAUUGGUUUGAGGAACAUUGUGAUGAGGAUGAGGUUUUUGGAGCGGAUCGAGUGAGUUUUGAAAAGGGCUGAUUCACGAACGAAAAAAAAUGUUUAAAAAUGUUUUUUUAACAUCGAAAAUUCAAUUCACGAAAAGUCGAAAAAUGUCGAAAAACAUAAAAAAAAAAAAAAAAAGGGUAGGUCAAAAUUAGUUUUUCGAGUUUUUCAGCCAAAAAUGAUGUCAAAUCGAUAUUUUUUAAGCUUCUGGAGUAAUUUCUGAUUAAAAUUGACCUUGGAAUUCACUUUCCAGAAGUUUUUGCUGAUUUUUCGUAAAAUAAAAAAAUUUCAAAUUUUGAUGAAUUUCGAAAAAAUUCAUAAAAUGAGGUAAAAUAGGGUUCUCGAAGCUUAUUUUCAUCAGAAAUUACUCCAGAAGUUUAAAAAAUCCCGAUUUGUCAUCAUUUUUGGCUCAAAAACUUGAAAAACUAAUGUUUUUUAGACCUUUUCGUGAAUUGAUCUUUCAAUGUUAAAAAAACAUUUUUUAACAUUUUUUUUGUUCGUGAAUCAGCCCUAGAAUAAUAUUUUGUAAUAAAAACAUAUUUUUCCUGUGCAGAGAAACGUCGAAAAAACAAAAUAUACAGUUUACUAUGUUUGAGUAGAGAUAAUGUGAAAUUGAGAGAGUGCAGACGGUUUUUUGUAUUUUUUGUGCGAAAAAUCAAUUUGUCUGUCUGCACUCUCUCUAUUUCACAUUGUCUCUAUUCAAAAAUAUACAACUGCAUAUUUUGUUUUUUCGACGUUUUUCUGCAUAGGAAAAAUAUGUUUUUUAAUGUUUUUUUAUUACAAAAUAUUAUUCUGCAUAGGCCCAUAAUAUUUUCCAGAAAUAUCGCUAUAUGAUUGAAACUUGGAAAAUCGAAGAGCUCAAAAAUUGGGCUCAUGGAUCACUUCAAAAAUACAUAACCGAGCCAAUUUAUGAAAUUCCAAGAUAUCGCGAAUAUUUCAACGAUUAUGAGGUUUUACAAGAAUUGGAUAGAAUCUCGAAAAAUUGGAAUACAACAGAGUUACGAGCACAAAUUGCAAUUCAACUUGAGGUAUCGGUUUUUUGGACGCGUUGCGGUCAUGCGAUGCGUGUUCUCAAAUUUUUUAUUUUCAGGUAAAAAUGAAAAAUGAAUGGAUUUACACACAUUGCACAACAAUCUAUAAAAUGUAUCAUGAUGCCGUGUUCAAUAUGUUUAUCUCGAAAAGUUCGAUGAUUUUGGAUUUUUUGGAGAAUCAGGGAAUGGAAAAAGUGGCGAAUUUGAGGCAAAUCAAUUGCACAAAAUUGGAAAAUGUUUCGGAGAAUUUGGUUGAAAUGAUGGGAAAAUUGGAGAUUUGA